AUGGUUAAUACCAUAACACCCCAAUCCCUCAUCACCCUCGCCCCAAGCACAUCCUCCUGCGCCAGCGCGUCCUACCCCGACGAAUGCCGCACAGCAUCCAUCGCAGCCCCCGCCAUCGCGGCCUCGUUCAAGCAGUUCAAGUUGAACACCUUCGGCGCCCAGGCCGCUGCCGUGGCCAUUCAGCUUUUCGAAAGUGGCAAUUUUCAAUACAGCAAGAACCACUUCCCAGCCCCUGGCCGACCAGGCCAAGGGACACGUAACAUGCAGUCUCCUGCUUUCAACGAGAAGUACGCAGAGUACCUCGCUACUGUGCCAGGGAGUGGGAUCACGGAGGAGCAAGUUGAGGCUGCGAAAGCUAAGGGGCCGGCGGAUGUGUUGGAGCUUGUUAAUGGGGAUCGAUGGGGGUUUGGGAGUGCGGCGUGGUUUAUUGGGACGCAGUGUAGUGAGGAUGUUAGGAAGGGGUUGGAUUUGGGGACGCAGGUGGGGUUUGAGAGGGGUUUGACGGAGUGUGCGGGGACUGAGGUUACGGCGGAUAGGAUUAGUGGGUGGAGGUUGGUUGUUAAGGGGGGGGGGGGGAAGUGGUAG